AUGGGAACCCAUUCGCUCCUGAGCUCCUCUUCCGAUAUUGUUGUGUUCCGUUGUGAGGAGCCGAAGGCGUUUAACCGUCAGAAGUGCUACCGAGGGUACGUACAUAUCCGAACAUCCUUCCCGCCGACGAGGCACGCCCAAUCCUCGUACUUCGACGUCAGCCGCCAUCGCGACUUCCCGGCUCUGCACGGCUCACUCCGCCCCGAAGUCUUCCUCAUCUUCCUCCUCUGGCAUAGCCUCCAGCACGCCGUGUCUGGCUCACGCCAAGAUCACGUCGCCCAGGCACGCGGCCUCGGUGGCGGAGAGGGCGUGGUGCGGCCAGCUUCGGAAGGCGUCAGUGAUGCGGACAAUCUUCUCGCGGGUGUAAGCGGCGACUUUGCCGGCCGUCUGAUGCAGGUCGUCGAACAUAACCGCCUUCUCGAGGAAGCCGAGCGAGGUACGGAACAGCGGCGUCAACGUGGGAAACAAGGCGAAUCCGACAGCAUCAACCGGGCAUUACGCUCGCCCCUUCCCGAUAAGGGUAGAGAGCAGAAAGAAACAAGCACCGUCGCUGUCGUCCGAGUCGACGUCCAUUCGUCCCUGCAUAGCCGACUUGGAGGGAGGGCCUGUUUGCCCUUCGGGGCCCCUUCAGGGUUUCCGCUGCGGUACUCAUAUUUGAGGGUGUUGAAAGUAUUACGGGUCGACUGUCAGAGGGCCGUUUAUCCAAAGGGGCUUCUUGAGAAUGAGUGGUGCAGUAGGAUGUCACCGAAGGGGCUUUACAUCCCGAUGGGUAGGUUAGUAACAUGA